AUGAGGUGAGUGACCGAGAAUAUUCUGUUCGUUUAAAUACAGAUGCUUUCAGUGACACUUUCGACUGGCCUGCUGGAAAGAACGAAGCGAAAGAAAGGCUUGGAGAAAAGUGAGUAAAUGAGAUUUUACGUUCCGAACACCCUGUUCCAGAUUUGAACAACUUCACCUGGAUUCUCGUAUUGCCGCAUCCCAUGCGAAGCCGUUGACCAACGUUGACCCAGUCGUCGUUCCAAUCUACCAUUCGAGCACUUACCGUUUCAAAACUAUCGACCAAUUCAGUGAACCGAAUCAUGUACGGUUUCGGCUUUGGUAUUUCAGUGAAAUGCUAAACUUCAGGGCUCCAACUUUGUCUAUCGUCGGUGCGGAAAUCCGACAACCGAGAACGUGGAAGUGGUGAUCAAUGAGAUCGAAGGAGGUGCCGGAUCCCUGGUUUACAAUUCCGGACUCGCGGCCAUCAGUUCCGUCUUCCUGCAAUUCCUCCACUCUGGCGCUCACCUCAUUUCCAUGGCUCCGAUCUACAGUGGGACUUCCUCUUACAUCAACGAAACUCUGAAGCGUUUCGGAGUGGAGGUGACGUUCGUUAACGUCGAGAAGGAAUCGGAUUUCGCUGGCGCCGUCGAAGCAGCCAUCCGUCCGAAUACAAAGUUGAUCUACUUCGAAACAAUUGCCAAUCCAUCGAUGGCAGUGCCUGAUGUGCUCGGAACUCUUGCAGUUGCCAAGAAACACAAUGUAAAUCAGCAUCCCCAAGGCAUUUCAUGAAUUCUGUCUUCCAGAUUCGCACUUGCGUCGACGCCACGUUUUCCUCUCCGUACAACAUUCAACCUCUUCAAAUUGGAGCUGAUAUCUGUCUCCACAGCUGGUGAUUCCUCCCUUCUCACCCACCAUAACUCUUCAUUUUCAGUUCCAAAUACAUCGGAGGUCACACCGACGUCAUCGCUGGAGUCGUGACUCUCAAGACGUACGACGACUGGAAGGAGCUGAAACUGCAACAAUUGACAACUGGAAGUUCCUUGGUGAUUCAUUCGCAAUCAUAUGUUUCCCUCAAAUUCUUUCCUUUCAGUCUCCCUACGAUGCUGCUCUUCUCACCCGUGGCCUCAAAACUCUGGCUCUUCGAGUGGACAGAAUCUCAGAGAACGCCCAGAAAAUCGCCGAAUUCCUGGAUUCUCAUCCGAAGGUACGGAAUCGGCACUAGAAGAUCUAAAUAUUCAAUUGCAGGUUCAACGUGUCUUCUACCCGGGACUUCCUUCCCAUCCCCAGCAUAAAUAUGCGAAACAGGUCAUGAAACAGUUCUCCGGAAUGAUUGCCUUCGACGUCGGAACUGCUGAGAAUGCGAUCAAACUCAUCGAGGUCUGACACUCUCUCCCUCUCCCAACUUCCCAAAUUACCCUUCAGAGUCUCAAACUGAUCAUCCACGCCGUUUCCCUGGGAGGCACCGAGUCGCUCAUCGAGCACCCCCUUUCGAUGUCGCACGGAAAGCAACUGCUCCGUGACGUGGACACUCCUCCAGUUGCUCCAGGACUUCUCCGCUUCAGGUAGUCAAUUUCGUGUCUCUCUUUCUCUCUGUCUCGACAAUCUCAACUUGCGAAUUGCAGUGUCGGCAUCGAGAAUGUGGCCGAUAUCAUUGGCGAUUUGAAAGAUGCGUUGGAGAAUUUUUGA